AUGGCGGAUUCCAACUUCGCUUCGCUGCAUCACUCCGUUGUGCCCGAAGCAUCUAGACCGCAAUGGGAGAGGCGGAACAACCGCUACGUUUGCCUUGAAAAUCAUUCUGAUCGACCAGAAGGAGCGUGCAGCAGGGACUUUGCAUCGAAGCAAGCUCUCGAGGCCCACCGCGCAACAACCCAUUGCGAGCCAGCAAAGCUGCCCAGCGAGCGUCCCAUCUCUAGGUUGCGAGGAUUGAGCCCUAAUGAAGCCCAUCGCAUAGCGCAGCGAAGCAAUCAUGCUGCAGUUGCGAAGUACCGAGAUACUUUGAAAGGAAAGUGGGCCACGUUCAGAGCCCGCCAUAUGGCAAAGUACCGCAAUCUCUCGUUGAAAGCUCUACCGGCGCCCCCAGAGCCCGAGGCACCGCCCUACAUGUUGCCGCCAGUCUCGUGGCUUCUGGCAGACGCUCAGUUCACCCCCAACGAGGUGAAAGCGCGGUUCGCUUCGGGUAACAUCCAACUGAGCCACUCGACCUGGUCCCUGAGGUUUCACCCGGACAAGGUUCAGGAGAGAAGCCCGCACCAUUUGGAAGAGUUUGGACGACACUACAUCCACGAGCUACGCAAGCUUGGGAGGGAGAGAGCGGGACCUGCUCACAACGCGAUACAAGCUCUCUAUGCCACCGAGCAGUUUGCGCCUCUAAACGAGCGCUUCAAGCAAGGCAUCUACGCUAGAAAGGCAGGAGGAAGGCACUGGGAAGCAUGGCUCAACGAGGAGGUUGCACUCGUCACAGAUUACCUUGUCCAUCUUUUAAGAGUUGUAGAAUACGAAAGCCAGGUGCAACGUGCAAAGGAGUUGCUCAACGCUCGAGAGGCUUGGAUUGACGAACAGCUAAAGAGGCGCUUUCGGAGGUCCAAAGCGUUUUUGAGGCACAACGAGCCGUAG